CCGCGGCUCCAGCCGCCCGCCGGCUCGCUCACUCGCUCGCUCGCUCGCCGAGCCCGCAGCUCCGGCUCCUGGCCCGGCGCUCCGGCGCGGCUCCGGAUUCGGAGGACAGGACCGCGCGACUGGCCGGCCGAGCCCGGGGCGGCCGCGGAAGCAGGGCCCGGGAUGGCACUCUCCGUGACAGGGCUCACUGUCUUCUCUCUCCUGCAAACUGCCCUCUCCCUGAACCCCGAGGACCCCAACGUGUGCAGCCACUGGGAGAGCUAUGCGGUGACUGUCCAGGAGUCCUAUGCACACCCCUUCGACCAGAUCUACUACACACGGUGCACAGAUAUCCUCAGCUGGUUCAAGUGCACCAGGCACCGGAUCAGUUACAAGACGGCAUAUCGGCGUGGCCUCCGGACCAUGUACCGGCGCAGGUCCCAGUGUUGCCCUGGCUACUACGAGAAUGGAGACUUCUGCAUACCCCUGUGUACGGAAGAGUGUGUGCACGGCCGCUGUGUUUCCCCGGACACCUGCCACUGUGAGCCUGGCUGGGGAGGGCCCGACUGUUCCAGCGGCUGUGACAGCGACCACUGGGGCCCCCAUUGCAGCAAUCGGUGCCAAUGCCAGAAUGGAGCCCUGUGCAACCCCAUCACGGGCGCCUGCGUGUGUGCCGCCGGCUUCCGCGGCUGGCGCUGCGAGGAGCUCUGUGCGCCGGGCACCCACGGCAAGGGCUGCCAGCUGCAGUGCCAGUGCCGCCACGGAGCCAGCUGCGACCCCCGCACCGGCCAGUGCCUCUGCGCGCCGGGCUACACCGGAGUCUACUGUGAGGAGCUGUGUCCACCUGGAAGCCACGGGGCUUACUGUGAGCUGCGCUGCCCCUGCCAGAAUGGGGGCACCUGCCACCACAUCACUGGAGAGUGUGCCUGCCCCCCAGGCUGGACGGGAGCAGUGUGUGCCCAGCCCUGCCCACCAGGGACAUUCGGCCAGAACUGCAGCCAGGACUGUCCUUGCCACCAUGGAGGGCAGUGUGAUCAUGUGACUGGACGGUGCCACUGCACAGCUGGCUACAUGGGGGACAGGUGCCAAGAGGAAUGCCCGUUUGGGACCUUCGGCUUCCAGUGCUCACAGCGCUGUGACUGUCACAACGGAGGCCAGUGCUCGCCCGCCACCGGUGCCUGCGAGUGUGAUCCCGGCUACAAAGGCCCCCGCUGCCAGGAGCGGCUAUGCCCCGAGGGACUGUAUGGCCUGGGCUGUGCCUUGCCCUGCCCCUGUGAUGCUGACAACACCAUCAGCUGCCACCCAGUGACUGGAGCGUGCACCUGCCAGCCAGGCUGGUCUGGCCACCACUGCAACGAGUCCUGCCCUGCUGGCUACUAUGGCAAUGGCUGCCAGCUGCCUUGCACCUGUCAGAACGGCGCCGACUGCCACAGCAUCACUGGGAGCUGCACUUGUGCCCCAGGCUUCAUGGGAGAGGUCUGUGCAGUUCCAUGUGCCACGGGGACCUACGGCCCCAACUGCUCGUCCGUCUGUACCUGUAACAACGGUGGUACCUGCUCCCCCGUGGAUGGCUCCUGCACCUGCAAGGAAGGGUGGCAAGGCCUGGACUGCACCCUGCCGUGUCCCAGCGGGACGUGGGGCCUGGACUGCAAUGAGAGCUGCACGUGUGCCAACGGGGCGGCCUGCAGCCCCGCCGAUGGCUCCUGCUCCUGUGCCCCCGGCUGGCUCGGAGACACCUGCGAACUGCCCUGCCCGGAUGGCACAUUUGGGCUAAACUGCAGUGAGCGUUGUGACUGCAGCCAUGCGGACGGCUGCGAUCCUGUCACAGGCCACUGCUGCUGCCUGGCCGGAUGGACAGGCAUCCGCUGUGACAGCAUGUGUCCACCUGGUCGCUGGGGCCCCAACUGCUCCGUCUCCUGCAGCUGUGAGAACGGUGGCUCCUGCUCCCCAGAGGACGGGAGCUGCGAGUGUGCCCCUGGCUUCCGAGGACCCUUGUGCCAGAGAAUCUGCCCCCCUGGCUUCUAUGGCCAUGGCUGCGCCCAGCCAUGUCCCCUCUGCGUGCACAGCAGUGGUCCCUGCCACCACAUCAGUGGCAUCUGUGAGUGCCUCCCUGGAUUCUCCGGAGCCCUCUGCAACCAAGUGUGUGCUGGAGGGCGCUUUGGACAGGAUUGCGCCCAGCUCUGCUCCUGUGCCAACAACGGGACCUGCAGCCCCAUCGAUGGCUCCUGCCAGUGCUUCCCUGGAUGGAUUGGCAAGGACUGCUCACAGGCUUGCCCACCAGGGUUCUGGGGCCCUGCCUGCUUCCACACGUGUAGCUGCCACAACGGGGGACGCUGUAGCGCCGAGGAUGGGGCCUGCCACUGCACCCCUGGCUGGACUGGACUCUUCUGCACUCAGCGCUGCCCCGCAGCGUUUUACGGGAAGGACUGUGGGCGUGUGUGCCAGUGUCAGAAUGGCGCCAGCUGUGACCACAUCAGCGGCAAGUGCACCUGCCGCACGGGCUUCACCGGGCGACACUGCGAGCAGAGAUGUGCCCCAGGAACCUUUGGCUACGGGUGUCAGCAGCUAUGUGAGUGCAUGAACAACGCCACCUGUGACCACGUCACCGGCACCUGUUAUUGCAGCUCUGGAUUCAAAGGAAUACGGUGUGACCAAGCUGCCCUCAUGAUGGAGGAGCUGAAUCCCUACACCAAGAUCAGCCCGGCGCUGGGUGCAGAGCGGCACUCGGUGGGUGCUGUCACAGGCAUCGUCCUCCUGUUGUUCCUCAUUGUGGUGCUGUUGGGCCUGUUCGCCUGGCGCCGGCGGCGACAGAAAGAGAAAGGCCGUGACCUGGCUCCCCGUGUCUCCUACACACCUGCCAUGAGGAUGACCAGCACGGACUACUCACUCUCAGAUUUGUCUCAAAGUAGCAGCCAUGCCCAGUGCUUUUCCAAUUCCAGCUACCACGCACUGGCGUGCGGGGGGCCUGCCACCAGCCAGGCCAGCACUCUGGACAGGAACAGCCCCACCAAGCUCAGUAACAAGUCCCUUGACAGAGAAACAGCAGGCUGGACCCCAUACAGCUUUGUGAACGUGUUAGAUGCAGGCAAAAGAUGCACUCACCAUCUGAGAAAGGGACCCUUCCCUGAGCCAGGCCCUGCCAAAGUACUUCUUUUCAAGGACUGCUUCCUCUGCCCUGAUGUCCUGAUCAGUGCCCUGGAGGCCAGGUACCCGCCCGAGGACUUCUACAUUGAACUUAGACACCUCAGCCGCCCCGCUGAGCCACACUCACCAGGUGCUUGUGGAAUGGACAGACGUCAGAACACAUACAUUAUGGACAAAGGCUUCAAAGGUCUAUUUAGGAGUCUCAACCACACUGAGAGAGAUGGCUGACAGCAAAGAUUCCAAUGGAUAUAUCCUAGAUCUAGCUGUGCACCAGAAUCACCUGGAAAGCUUGUUAAACAGACAGUUGUCCACACCCCAUCUUCCCAAGACUCUGAAGCAGAUCUAGAGUGGAGCCCUGGAAUCCGCAUUUGUAAUGAGUACUUCAGGAUAUUCUUAUGCAGCACAUCACCCAACUAACACUUAAGAACCACUGAUCUCGACUGACCCAGAUUCCUCAAUUACUGGUUCUGGUCUUUCAGAGUGAGCCUUAGUUAUACCUGAGACACAACUAUUUCCUAAAUAAGAAGAGCUAGUCAUCUAUAAUCUAUAGCCCUUGGUUAUUAGAAGUGGGGUGAGCUAGGGGUAGGCGAUACUAAAGCAGGGAGGGCAAGUCUCCAUGAACACAUGUUAGGAUGUGCACACCACAAGAGAACAAUCUGAGGACAGAGGUCAACCCCUAGGCUCCUGGCCAGCCAAAGGACACUACUCCCCUAGGAGCAUCAAUUCUGGCCAUUUUCUGCAUAUUAACUUAAACCAUCCAAAUGGAGGCAAGUACCAUUACAGUAGUGAGGCUACAAACAGAAAAGAAAGCUCUACUGUUUUAUCACUGUGACCUGGGACUUCAGUUUCUUUCUCAAAGAUCUGGACAGCAAAGAUCUCUUUAGAGACUUCCCAGUUCUCAAAAUAUGCAUGACUCAGGCAUGAAUAAGCUCACACAGGCCCAAACACCUCAAUAAAAUGAGCACCCAACUUUCCUAUGCACUUUGUUUUAUGAUUAGGGUAACUGCUUUCAGACUCGCAACCAUAAAUGUCAAACAAAGCUAAGGAGGGCAGGAUCUCUGCCUCAGCGUCAUUCAUUCCUCAUUUGUGGGAUCAUGUAUCUGAGCCUGUAAGUGCAAGGAAGGCCAGAUUUUGUUUUACCACUCUGGCUAUAAACAUCCUUUAAAUUCGAGAAAAGAAGGCUGUCUAGGUAAAUAUGCCACCAGAUGUUAGGAACCAACACAUCAGAACAAGAGAUUUCAAAAAGAGGAAAAUGAAAUGUCACAGCUUGGAACUUUACAGAACUAUUUGCCAAAGUUAUGGAAUAAACCCCACUAACUGGCUGAACUCCCAAUAAACAUUUAAUAAACUAGUCUGUACCAGGAAUGAUUACUUUCUAAAACUAUUGGGCCAAACCAAAUGAGAACCCUAAGAGUCUGAGUGUUCUCUGAACUCAGUGGGAAAGAGCCUGGCCUGUAAGUUUUGGAUUCUGUUCCUAGUUCUUACUGUGUGGCACUGACUAGGUCACACUGUUACUUCCUGAGUGUUGGUUUCUACCUCUGUUCCAAGGAUGAGGUUGUAACUAGCCCCAUCUCUAAGGCCCCCUCUAGGACCUUAAUCCUUGUUACUGAAGACCUCCACUCACUGUCAUCCUGGAGUUGCACACCACCACACACAUUGCUGCACUAACCCCAUUUUACCCCUAAACACCUGUCCAUCUCUCCCCAUUCUCCCCAUUCUCCCCCUCAACACAAUGAUAUUGUAACAAACUGCCUUGUGUUCAAUUCCUUAUCCGUCAGGCAUUUAAAGGUGCUACAGAAGAAAUCCUCCCCAGUACGCUCCAUCACUUUUAUGAUCCUGAAAUCCUGAAUCCCACUGUUGCAGCCUCAGGGAAACUACCUGUAUGCUCCUUACUAAUCCAACCUCCACGUCUCUCCUUGCAGUUACCUUGGGCUGCAAGAUUAGUUAGGAGUCCAGUGACCUCCUGAAAACUUUUUUCAGUCAGUGUGACUCUCCUUCUGACCCUGAAAUCUCCCUUUUCCUCUCCCCAUAUCCUGGUCUCUCAAUGAAGAAAAGAAUGCCAACUUAGGGCCCAGGAAGAAAAAAAGCAGUGUGACUAAUAAUAAUAAUAAGCUGAGAAGAAACAGAUGUUCAGUGUCUGGGUUUUCUAAGAGAUACUGGCUUUACCCAGAUGUUAGUGUGAACCUAAAAGCCUUCUAGGUUCCCAUCCACAGUUCAGAUCAGAUCCUACUUACAGGAUGGCCUCGGAAAGUCAUUUCCCCUCUCUGGAUUUGCUGCUUCCUUUAUAAAAUGAAGAGGUAUAGGCUCAUUUCCAAGGCCCCGAGAAAAAAUGCUAAGGCAUUAUAAAGCUAAGUCUUUGGUCGAGAUGCUAGUUACGGGCCACUGAGGAGUGACUCUCCAAAGCUUAGGUGGCUUUGGUUGAGGCUUCCCCUUUCCUUGCAAAAUGCCCUGAAGUGCAGGGACUGGCUAGUGUAGGGUGGGGCUGUAAAAGGAUGGGGAAGUGCCUGAGAGAGGUUAGUUACUCUUCCCCUUACCCCACCCUCCCUGAGGGCAGGCAGGUAGAUGACUCAGCUGGAGAAAAGAAUAGCUUUCUAAAGUGUAAGUUUUUCAGCUAGCCUGGCCCUUUCCUCCCUCCAGUUCCCCAAAAUAGAAUCCAGAUGAUUUUAUUAUCCAACACCCUCUCUCACCCACCUCAACACAUACAUGCUUCUCCAUCCUUUCUUUCACUCUGGGCCCUUUAUGAGAUACAGCUUCUCCUUAAAACGAAUCCCCUCCCCGAACCCCAACUUGUCUUUCAUCCACUUAGGUGCAUCCCCUGCUGCACAGCAAACUACUUACAGUAGUCCCCCUUACCUGCAGUUUUGCUUUCCGUGGUUUCAGUUACCCGUAGUCAACAGUGAUCCAGAAGCACAUGAUCAAGGCCAAUCAAUAGUGGCCUGUCACAAUGCCUAGGUCAUUCACCUCACCUCACCAUCGCAAGAAGAAAGGUGAGUGCAGUACAGUAUUUUGACAGAAACCCCAUUCACAUAACAUCUAUUACAUUAUAUUGUUAUAAUUGUUCUAUUAUUGUUAAUCUCUUAUUGUACCUGACUUAUAAGUUAAACUCUAUCAUCGGUAUGUAUGCAAAGGAAAAAACAACAGUAUAUAAAGGGUUCAGUACCAUCUGUGGUUUCAUGCAUCCACUGGGGGUCAUGGACAAGUAUCCCUGUGGAUUGGGGAAGGCAGGAGACUACUGCAUACCUCCAAAUAUGAAGGCAGCCUUGAUUUUUCUGGUGGAAAUGAGAAGAGAGGCACUACUGGCUGACUGUGGCUCUUUUCAGCUUUGCUCUACAGCUUCAAGACUCCCCCACUGCCACAAAUAAAUUGAUCAUGGGAUAUCCACCAAAAGCUUAGAACUUGGCUUUUCUCUCCCAGCAGGGCUUGGCCCCCAUCGAUAGAAGGUAUUCCUCGUUGAGGGUAAAACAAAGCUGUUGCAGCUACAGUUUGCAUUGGAAGAUACAGAACAGGAGCACAAGUAACCAGAUGGAAGGAGGAAAACACCAUGACUAGAUACCAGAGAAGAUGGGUUGAGUCGUAACUUGACCACUUACGAGCAUCAAGCAAACUUUAUGAGCUUCGCUGUCCUCAUUUCUGAAGUAGUAAUCCUAGUCCUUCGUGUCCAGCCCUCUUCACAGAUGUAACAAGUUUCAAAUGACCUAAAUGGAGUGAAGAUACUAGCUAUAAGGGCUACCUUUUCUAUUGCUAUUCCUUAAGUGUUAGAAAACAUGCAACUAAGGCACCCACCAAUCAAAGUAAAAGGAUGUGUCUGGGUGAGAAGGUAGGGGUGGGGUGUUAGGACUUUUCACUCAGGAGACAGCCUUUCUUUAAGCAAUUCUAGUCUCAGCUUCCAACAAGCAGCUCUGAGUCCUGAGUACUGCCUUACUCCUUGGCUACCAAGUUCAGAGACCAGAGUGGGACCGAUGGACUAUGCUGGGGUUCUUGGACAUACUUCCAGCCCUUGUACUAAGAAACAAAGUAGUAAAAAGGAAGGAAGGGAAGGAAAGAGGGAAGAAAGGAAAGGAAAAAAAAAGAAAACAAAGAACUCAGUAGAAGCAGCUUUAUGUGGCUCUGGGCAGGUUGUGGCCCAGGACUCACAGGACCUGCAUCCCCCUUUCUUCAUGAGAGCCUCACCAACAGCUGGGCCUGCUCAUUGUCUAGCAAGAAUGUUUUCUCUUACUCCUCUCUUGGGUUCUAUAUGCUACAAAGAGGCCACAAUCUGCAAUGGGACCAAGGCCAACAUCCUCUCUCUACCUGUGGGCCAGGGUGAGAUGGAAAAUGUUCUGAGCCUGGUUCUGGAGCAUGCUCUACUAC